AUGUUGAACGUUGACGCACGCUGGACCAGAUCUUGCAAGGCUGCGUUAACAACAAGCAUGGAGAAAGGCAGCAAUCCUGUUGCGACUAAGCCGUUGACGAGGCCGACUAGAUUGGCGUCGAAGCCCGUGUUUUUCUUCUCCUCGCUACUGGCUCUCUUGAUCUUUUACAACUUUGUGCCGCAGUGUCAUCAUGCGGUACAGUCUUUCUUUACGCUGGAAAGUUGGGCGGAUCCGUCGCCGAGAGUCGAGCUGAAGCAGGGAACAUUCAUUGGAACUCAUCUGGAUAAUGAGAAUCAUCCUGUGCCGGUCGAAGCAUUCCUUGGAAUUGCGUAUGCUUUGCCUCCAACUGGAGAGAGACGAUUUGCACGGGCUGUACCAAUGCCAGAGAGUCGAGAGGUUUUCCCUGCGACGGAUUACUCGUUGAGAUGCCCUGGCAAGCAACUCCUGCGAAUCCCUGGAACACCUUGGCUUGAGUCUAGCGAGGACUGCCUGACUUUGAACAUCUUCAGGUGGCGAGGUAGCUUCUCCUACCAGAAGAAGCUGCCGGUUCUGGUAUACAUCCAUAGAGGUGCUUUCAACCGUGGCUUCGCUGCUAUGCAUGAUACUGCAUCGAUGCUAGCUUGGUCUGAAGAGCCAUUCAUCGCCCUCUCGUUCAACUACCGCAUUGGUGCUCUUGGCUUCCUCAACAGCCAGCUGACCGAGAAGGAAGGCUUGCUGAACCUCGGACUGCACGACCAGAAGCUGCUACUCGAAUGGGUGCAGGACAACAUCGAGGCUUUCGGAGGCGAUCCCAACGAUGUGACGAUUGCUGGACUGAGCGCAGGCGCUCAUUCCAUUGGCCAUCAUAUCAUGGACGUUAACGAAGAGCGCACUUUGUUCCAUAAAGCUGUCAUUGAGUCUGGCGCAGCUACUUCCAGGGCGGUCCAUCCAGCAAACUCGAAGCUGCAUGAGAUGCAAUUCGAGAAGUUCGUCGCUCAAGUUGGCUGCUCGGGUAAGAAAGGCUCUGAGAUUCUGUCUUGUCUUCGCCAAGCACCUUCCGAGGUCGUCACAGCCGCUCAGACGACAGUGUUUGACGAGUAUAACCCAUCGGUCAGAUGGGCAUGGCAACCUGUCAUUGACGACGAUAUCGUUUCUCGCCGACCGCUUGAUGCAUGGAAGUCCGGCAAAUGGCACAAGGUUCCGAUCAUGACCGGUUUCAAUCACAAUGAGGGCACCAUGUAUGUGCCGAAGAAAGUGCAAAAGAGCGAUGAGUUCAAUUCUUUCUUCGCGACACUCCUCCCGCAAUUGGGCAAAGCUGGUCUCAAGAAACUCGCGGAGCUAUACCCAGACCCAGCAAAGGCCGAGUCCUCGCCAUAUGUUGAUACCCGCAACCUCACCGAUCUGGGCAUCGGCGAACAGUACAAGCGUGUCGAAGCAGCUUACGGUCACUAUGCUUACGUCUGCCCUGUACGGCAAACCGCCGACUUUGCAAGCGCUGGACAAGAACCUCCCGUCUUUCUAUACCACUGGGCAGUCAACAAGGCUGUAAUUGGUGGUGCCAACCAUGGUGAUCAGAUCUGGUAUGAGACGAUGUCACCUCUGGUACGAAACGUCUCGCCUACGCAUGACGAGAUUGCGAGACGUUUUAAUUCCUAUGUCACCAGCUUUAUCGUGACUGGUGAUCCAAACACAUUGCAGGGACGGAAGGCGAUCAGUCGGCCAAGAUGGGGAAAAUUCAGUGAAGGGAAGAAGACGAUGGUGUUUGGGGCUGGGAAUGAUGAGGCUGCUGGUGGCAGUCAGGUUGGUGUGGCCUCGGAGUGGGUUGAUGAUGAGUGGGCGAGGGAGGAGUGCAAGUUUUGGUGGGAAAAGUCGGAAGUGCCUGAAGAUUGA